CGCCAAUGUCGAAAGGGGCAAGCACUGCGGCGAACCAUCAAAAGAUUUUACUACAUCUAUUGAAUACGAUAGACGAAAAUAAAUACUGCUGCGAUUGUGACGCAAAGGGACCUAGAUGGGCGUCAUGGAACCUAGGAUUGUUCGUUUGCAUCAGAUGUUCCGGUAUUCAUCGGAGUUUAGGUGUUCACAUAUCAAAAGUAAAAAGUGUAAAUCUGGACAGCUGGACCGCGGAACAAAUCGAAUCUGUUUUAAGAAUGGGUAACAAAAAAGCGCGGGAAAUCUAUGAGGCCCAGCUGCCCCCUGGUCAUCGAAGACCCCAAGAAGAUUACGCUCUUGAACAAUUUAUCAGAAAUAAAUAUGACAAGAAAAUGUACGCCGAUAGCCAGCGUUUGAGAGAAACCAAUUUUGAAAAGAUCGACAUUGAAAAGUAUUUGGCAAGAAUAAAUGGAUCGCGACCGAAAUCCGCUACCAAGGGAUCAGGUCAGAUAGCUGCACCGCCAUCUAACAAUAAAUCCGUUUCUUCUCAGGAAGCGGCAAAAGCAGAAACUAAAUCGGGUACUUAUUCUACUCCAUCAAAACCGAAACAGAAUGUCGAUGAACUUCUGAAUUUUGGAUCGUCCCCGCCGAUCUCAGGUUCACAACAAGCGAGUAGUAGUUCACAAAUCUCUCAGGAGACAGUUGUUAAAGCAAACUCAACGCAACCUCAAUUUCCAGCAGCAGAAAACAAGUCCGAAGUUGCCAGUGCUGGGAACCCAGACUUAGCCGGCCUGAUUUUUGAGUCGAAUCCAGCGCCUUCAGAAGCUGGUGGAAUAUCGGGAGCAGAAUUGUUUGGAGGCAAUGGUGGUGACUUAUUUGGAAACUCGUCAUUUGGGAGCUCAUCUUCUGCGACCGAUAAAUCCGGCGGAAAGAAAACAACUCAAGACAUCAUGUCGCUUUAUGGAGCAUCGAAUACAGCUUCAUCAUUCAGCCCAGCGCCGACCAGUGGAGCUGUAAAUGUGAACAACCAGUUCGCAGCCCCUGCAUAUCAGUGGAAUCAGCCCAUAAACAGCCAGUCAAUGAACGCAUUCAAUCAUUCGCCUCUUCAGCAAAACCAGGCACAGUCGGUGGCUGCAAAUAUGUCACCAUUCCAGCUACAGUCGAUUCACAAUCCAAAUGGUGCUGCGUAUAGUACGCAAAAUACCACGGCUUCAUCAGGCAUGUACAUGCAGAACAGUCUCAACACGCAGUUCGGAAGCCUGAACUUCAACUCUGUGCCCAAUAUGACUACACAGACCCAACAUAGCUCAAUGGUGGGCAUGAACAACAUGAGUGGAAACAGUUUUGCACCUACGAGUACUGCAAACCCAUUUGCGACCUCAAACCCCGCCCAGCCCAAUGGUUCACAACAAUUCUCUCAGAUCAACUGGGCUCAACCGUUGACCUCCAAUUACAGUUACAAUAACUCAAAUACGAUCGGAAUGGGUAACACUUUGCACCAAUCAUUCAGUACUCCUCAGUUCAAUUCGACAGCCUCGCAAUUGAACAUGACGCCGCCUCAAGGAAGCAUUCCUCAACUUCAGCAGCAAAAUUACCAGUUCGCGAAUUCAGCGUUUGCCUCAAGAGGGUCUCAACAGCAGCCAAAUGGAUGGAGUGGUAAUAAUAAUGAUCAGUCAGCACCAUUUGCGUACAACCAAACCCAAAACCAACAGCAGUCGCUUUGGUUGAAAUGAAAUGGUCGGAACUGAAGGUUCUAAUUUUUUUAGCAGACUGUUUUUUUUUUAGCUGAAUCAAAACAAUUAAAAAGUCAGAAAUCUAACUACAAGCGGGGGCAUUUGUUAAUAGCGAAUGCUUGCUCCGCGUCGCCUAAAUUUGGCUGAAAUUCAUUUUCUGACAAGUUUGUCAUCGAUUAUGUGCAAAAAUAGUUUACCGAAUAGGGAUGUCUGACGAUUGGCCGGUCCCGUCAUCAUGAAAAUAUGCCCCAUAUCGCUCGCGUGAAACAAUUUCUGCCGGUAUUUAAGGUAAUUCUUUCUGAAAAUGAUUGUUUUGUUGACAAACCGUGAGAUAAUUGUCUUAAAUAGAGAAGCUCAACCCCAGGCUUAACGUCUUUCCAUGUUGUUGCUAAAAGGUUGGUCUGCUAAAAAACUGGACUAUGGACUGAAUUUGAAGAAUUAUAGUUAAUGCGCUCAUGUAGAAUCUACCUGAAAUUCCUUCACUAAAAUGAGUUAGAACGCUUAAUGAGAUUUAAUUAAACUUGAAUUAUUCGAUUCACAUUUUUGUAACCAGAAUUGAGUUUAAAAAAUUGUUCUGUGCUGGGGUUCAAAUGUCAUCAAUUUUGGAUUUGACAGAUAACAAGAAAUCGUCGUCUUCAUUUUUUUGCUCGAGAUUCAUAUCAUGCGUCCAUGUUAAUUGAAGCUCCAAUUUUGAUAUGUACUUGCAAAUAAUUACGUCAUAUUUGUAUGACAUUGCUAUAAUAUCAUGCAUAAAAUGCUCUUAACUGUGUAUAUUUAUCAUCAUCAGUAUAAGCCAGUGCUAGAAUGUGUAUAUUAAAAAUACGAAUCUUGCCGAUUUUCAAAGGUUCUGAUAUGGACCAUUACCCUAUCAUUUUUAGCAUUUCAAAUUGGUUGAUGUCAGCAAGGUUCAAAUGUAUGUUGUUUGGAUAUGAUUCUCGAUUUAAGAUCAGCUGUAGGUGGUGCGCUUCGGUGUAACGAGUUCCUUUAUUUAAUACUAAUCUCCGUUUUUAACUUAAAGAGAAUUUACCCAUUAAACCGUCGCUACUACUAUUCGCGAAAUGUGAACGGCAAUGAAUAAUAUUUGCUCUGAUGAAUUCAAGAUUGCUAAUUACGAGAUGAGUAUUUAAUUUAAGAUUUUCAGUUU